AAGUGGCGAAGGAGGAAAGAGUGCGUUCUAUGGAAGGUUAUUUUACGAAGAGUUCAAAACUUACUUUUGGGUGCGCCCCGAUGACAAACAUGAUUUGGAAAAAAAUUUAAACCUAUCGCGAAGCCGCUUAAAGCAACAAUUAAUUCCUCCACCAUCUUCAGAUAUUUCUCAACCUUUCAUAGAAUCAAUUGCAGCACAAACAACUGAGAAAUUUUCUCAACCUUCU